CAAAGCGUUUGGUUGACAAAGAUUUCAAAAUGGCUGCAUUUUGGUCCGUGGCUGCAGCUGUGUCUUGUUUUAAGCUUCUGCUGCUUCCGUCGUACAAAUCUACAGACUUCGAUGUUCACAGAAAUUGGUUGGCCAUAACACACAGUCUCCCAGUCAGAAAAUGGUACUUCGAGGAAACUUCAGAAUGGACCCUGGAUUAUCCUCCUUUCUUUGCCUGGUUUGAGUACUGCCUGUCAAUUCUAGCAGGAUUCUUUGAUCCAGAAAUGCUAAAGGUAGAAAACAUAGAUUACCGAAGUGAGGCUACAGUAGUGUUCCAGAGACUCUCCGUCAUUGUUACUGAUCUCAUGUAUAUCUAUGCAUUAAAAGAACUGUACAAUUAUUUCUCAAGUUCACGGAAGAAAAGCGCGGAUACAGAGGAUAUAUUACAGUCACCUCCCUUGAUACAAGCUGCUGUCCUGCUUACCAAUUUUGGUCUUAUCGUUAUUGAUCAUAUACAUUUUCAGUAUAAUGGUUUUCUGUAUGGUAUACUGCUGUUGUCAAUUGUCAGGAUAUUACAGGGGCGUAACAUGUCGGCAGCAUUUUGGUUUGCAGUUUUGCUCAACUUUAAACAUAUCUUCCUGUACAUAGCACCAGCAUACUUCAUAUAUCUCCUAAGAUGUUAUGUCUUCACUAGUAAUGAAGAUGGAAGUUUAAAAUGGAGAUCAUUUUCUCCGCUCAGGUUAAUAGGACUUGGUAUUAUUGUCGUAGGAGUAUUUACUGUGUCAUUUGGUCCUUUUAUUAUUCUGGGGCAGGUACCGCAAGUUUUAUCUAGAUUAUUUCCCUUUAAGAGAGGUCUGUGUCAUGCAUACUGGGCACCAAAUUUCUGGGCAAUUUAUAAUAUUGCUGACAAAGCUCUGGCUGUUGCAGGAACCAGACUUGGGUUGCUAGGAACAGAGAACCAGACAGCGUCUAUGACAGGAGGUUUGGUACAAGAAUUUCAGCAUACAGUAUUACCAUCCAUAUCACCACUUGUCACCCUCGUAUUAUCUGCCCUGUCUAUGAUGCCAGCAUUAUAUUUAUUAUGGAUCCGACCUAAAGGCGUGCAGAGUUUCCUGCGAGCACUUAUACUGUGUGCAUUUGGAUCGUUUAUGUUUGGCUGGCAUGUCCACGAAAAAGCUGUUCUUAUGAUUAUAAUACCUCUGAGUCUGCUGACCAUUGAUAAAAAGAAGGAUGCACAGAUAUAUCUGGUGGUGUCUACAAUUGGACAUUAUUCAUUAUUUCCAUUACUAUUCACACAGUUUGAAACACCAAUAAAGAUAUGCCUUCUUGCAUUUACCACACUGUAUGCCUUUACUGGUGUAGCUAAUAUAUUCAGGGCACCCUGGAGUUACACAUCACUUCCAUUGUUAUCAACACCAGAAACACUGUACCUUCUGGGAAUAGUGCCUUUAGAAUUAUAUAACAGUGUGAUACACAAUAGCCUUGGACUGGCCUAUAAACUACCAUUUCUUCCUCUGAUGUUGACGUCCAUAUAUUGUGCAAUUGGAGUUAUCUACUGCUGGAUCAGAUUUUACUGGAUUACAUUUUACAAGAAGUCGAAACAGAAACAGAGUUAGAGGCAUUUGAUGUUUGAAGAAUAUUUAUGCAUCUGAAACCUGCCUUGUCAAAGUUUUCUUGAAAAUAAAAUUGAAAAUUUUGUUUCACACAGAAUGAAAAACAUAAUGUAUAUCCGACUUGCAAACAUAAUUUGAUCGGCAUGUCAUAUAAAUAAAGAAGGAAGUCAG